CCAAUAACAUAACAAAGCUACACGCAUUUGUUUCAUCAGCAUAUCUGCAGGUCUCAAACAAAUUCACAUUUAUUCAACAUGGACAUGAGGAAGAUUGCUUGUGCUGCUCUCAUCGCUGCUGCCUCUAUUAGUGCAACGGUGGCUACUGUCGAGGUUUCUGCCCCUGCCCCUGGACCUAGCAGUGAAGCCUCAGCUAUCGUACCCCUUGUUAGCUCCUUGGUCGGUGCCUCUGUCUUGUCUUUCUUUGCCUUGUUACAUUAAGCUUUCAUGGCAAGAGGUUAAUGGAAGAAUCAUCAGCAAGGAA